GUCGCCAGCGGCUAUAGACUGUCCACGGAGCAGCUCGAGUUUCAGACUGCACAGAAACAUGUGGUGGACAAUAUUUUCAGUCAUUACCGGACUGCUUAUACUAGUUCUCCGUUUUUCGAAUUGCAGUAGACGGAAAAAUGAGCCUCCUCUGGACAACGGUUGGAUUCCAUGGUUGGGACAUGCCAUGGAGUUUAAAAAAGAUGCUGCAAAGUUUUUGGCAAGGAUGAAAGAAAAACACGGAGAUAUCUUCACAGUACGUGUUGCUGGUCUCCGUGUGACUGUGCUGUUGGACCCAAACUCAUUUGAUAAUGUGCUGAAUGACAGAGAUUCCUUCGAUUACAUCAACAUCAGAAACCUGGUCACACAAAAGGUCUUCAGUCUGCAGCUGGGAAGCAUUGAGCCUACGUCAGAGAGGAUGGCACAGCAUUUUCAAGGUCACAGUCUCUCCAGUCUGAGCAGCUGCAUGAAGACUCACCUUCAGAACCUGCUCCUGCAUUGCCACAAUGGCAGCACUCCUUCAGAGUGGAAACAAGAUGGACUCUUCGACCUCUGUUACAGCCUUCUUUUCAAGGCUGGAUACCUUACACUGUUUGAGAAAGACAAUGCUGAGGCUGUCUACAAAGAGUUCCGCAAGUUUGACAAUCUUCUUACCAAACUGGCUCGUGGCUCACUCAGUAGAGAGGAAAGCAAAAUAGCGAGCUGCUCCCGGGAGCGACUGUGGGAGCUGCUGUCCCCACACCAGCUGAGAGGGGGGUCAGAGUCAAGAACCUGGCAGCAAAGAUACUGUGACAUCCUACAGCAGGAGGGAAUAGAUGCAGAUAUGCAGAAAAAAGCUCUGCUGUUACAGCUGUGGACCACACAGUGUAAUGCUGGACCUACUGCCUUUUGGCUCCUUGGCUUCCUGCUCACUCACCCAGAGGCCAUGGAGGCUGUUAAGUCAGAGAUCAGAGGCCUUUCCACUCUAUGGGAUACUUCCUUUCAGCAUCCCCAGAUCAACCCGCUGGAGGCACACAGCACACCUGUAUUUGAUAGCGUUUUGAGUGAGACCCUACGGCUCACUGCUGCAGUAAUGAUCAGAAGAGAAGUGGUGCAGCAUAAGAUCUUGCACAUGGUCAAUGGACAGAAGUACCACCUCAGACAAGGGGACAUAGUGUGUAUGUUCCCCUUCCUCAGCCCUCAGAUGGACCCGAAGAUACACCAAGAACCACAGAGUUUCAAGUAUGACCGCUUUCUAAAUGAAGAUAUGAGAGUGAAGGAUACAUUCUACAAGAAUGGAAAAAGGCUGAAGUAUUACACCAUGCCUUGGGGCGCAGGGAACAACAGCUGCAUCGGGAAAGCCUUUGCUGUUACAACCCUUAAACAAUUUUUGUUCUUGGCCUUGACCCACCUUGAUCUGGAGUUGUACGACCCCAAGGCUAAACUACCCCCAGUUAAUCCCAGUCGUUAUGGCUUUGGGAUGCUACAGCCAGAAGGAGACCUGCAAGUCCGAUACAGACAGAAGAGAACAGCAUGAAAUGUGAUCUGUUUGCUUACCAUGACUACUGCUGAUUGAUGUACUGUAACAUUAUUUAUUCUGUUAUAUUUUAUCAUUCCA